UGUACGAAGGGGGUGAACCCGGUGAACAAUCCUGUCUGUCUUUUCCAAAAAUAAGCUUGUGGGAGAGGGAUCGAGGCGUAAGCCAGGGAGAUUGGUCCAACGAGUUGCACGGCCUCCCUGUUAUAAAUCCUGGAAGCGGGAGUGCACCCUGUUCGGACCCUCAGCCUUUAGCUCAAUAUAUAUUGCUGACUACCUGAUUAGCAGAGUCUCACUCCACUUUUGUUGCCUCUCUCUCCCUCCCGAAACCUGCUCCCUCCUACUUUCCACCCUGGAGUACGGGAGUGCUUAGAUUGCGAAGGUGCUCCCCCAGACCUCGGUCUGGACUGCUUGAACACGGCGCAGAGAGGAUUUUCCCUCUCUUUUUUUCCUCCCCUUUCCAUCCUAUCAAAUUCACACUCUGCCAAAAAGCACAUGGAUUGAGUCUUUUUUUUUCUUCUUUACUGGAGACUGACAGAACUUUUAAAAAGGCAGGUUGCUGCACCUGUGGUUGAAUUAAUUUUCUCGUUUUCUUUUUUUUGCCGUGUUUUUUUUUCAUUUUUGACUGGACCGAUUGAGUCGUUCCUCUUGAUUUUGGUCUUCACUGAACAUCUGAUGCCACUCCAUCCCAUGGGAGACACACGUGGCUGAAGGAGGGAGGUAGAAGACAAGAUCCACCUGAAGAUCACACCUACCCCAGUGUUGCCCCCCCCUCCCCCUCCCCCCGACCCCGCCGCUGGACAAUCUAAGGAGAGAAAGUUGUUUGUGUGACAUCGGAUGCCUGGGAUGCUGUCCGCCAUGCUGUUGGCCCCUACCUGUGUGCUGCUAAUGCUCGGAGGGCAUGUUCUUGCUGGAGGCUACCCACCCAUGCCUCACAUGAAGUACAUGCAACCCAUGAUGAAAGGGCCUGUCGGACCGCCGUUCAGAGAGGGCAAGGGACAUUAUGUCGACAUGCCACCCAUGGUAGAUGUCAAGGGGGAGCCAGGGCCCCAAGGUAAACCUGGACCAAGGGGACCCCCUGGUCCUCCAGGAAUUCCAGGGAAACCUGGACUUGGGAACCCGGGCCUCAACGGGCAACCAGGUCCUCAGGGGCCACCUGGCUUUCCAGGAAUCGGUAAACCAGGACUCCCAGGACUACCAGGAAAGAUCGGACCAAAGGGGAUGCCAGGACUUACUGGCGAGGUUGGCCCUCGUGGUGAACCGGGUCUCAGAGGUCAACCGGGACAGCCAGGACUGCCAGGACCAGCUGGCCUGUCUCUGAAUGGGAAACCUGGGCUUCCAGGCAUCAGGGGCCCGACUGGUGCUCGGGGAGAACCAGGAUUAAAAGGCAUUUCUGGCCCUCCGGGUGAGCGUGGAGUUAAGGGUGAGAAUGGAAAUGGGACACCAGGACCCUCUGGUGUAAGGGGUCCCCCUGGUUUGAAAGGUAGUACAGGACCACCUGGUCUUCCAGGCAUUGGCAAACCUGGACCAAAAGGUUUGCCUGGACUGAUCGGUUCUAAAGGUGAUCAGGGACUUCCAGGGGAUCGAGGGGAACCAGGAGAGGCUGGGCUUCCAGGUCUCCAAGGUCACCCAGGUCCUGUUGGGAUAGGGAAGCCUGGACUUGAUGGAUCACCAGGAGGACCAGGUCUCACAGGUCCAAAAGGUGAACAAGGGCUCAGGGGUUCCCCAGGAUUUCCUGGUACUCCAGGCUAUGGUAAACCUGGUCUUAGUGGGCCAACAGGAGAGAAGGGUCAGACUGGGUUAACUGGUCUACCUGGAGACAGAGGUGAGCAAGGAAUGGCGGGCCCAAUCGGUGAGCCAGGUAUUAAUGGACAACCAGGACCCCCUGGACUUCACGGCCCCAUGGGACUCCCCGGAAAACAUGGCAUGCCAGGGCUCAAGGGAGAACUUGGACCCCAAGGACCUCCAGGGCUGCCUGGCCUCAUGGGUGACCAAGGUCCAAGUGGAAACACAGGAAAACCUGGUUUACCUGGGGACAAAGGCCUACCUGGGCCAAAUGGAGCAAUUGGAAAACCUGGACCCAAAGGUGAAGCUGGACAUAUCGGUCUACCAGGUAAUCCCGGGCUGACGGGUCUUCAGGGACCUAAAGGUGCGGCAGGAUUUAUGGGAACACCUGGCCCUAGAGGUCAGUCAGGUAUCCCUGGUCUUCAGGGGCCGAUGGGUCCCAUGGGACCACAGGGUGCACCCGGCUUGAAGGGUGAGUCCGGCCUUCCAGGGCUUCCAGGACUGGGCAAAUUGGGAGAGAAAGGACCUGUUGGUCCACAAGGUCCUCCGGGGAAACCAGGCCCUGCCGGACUUAAUGGUAUCCCCGGCCCACCUGGUCCCCCGGGUCCUCCGGGAAACGGCCACACGGUUUCCGCAGGUCCGACCGGUUCAGAAUUGGAAGGGGGCGAAGUGCCAGGACACCGUAAGGGGCCGGCGUACACUCAAGUUCCACUCUCUGCCUCGUUAGCGCCGGCCUUCACAGCCAUCCUCUCCAAGCCUUUCCCUCCCUCCGGUAUGCCAAUCAUAUUUGACAGGACUCUGUACAAUGGGCAAAAUGCCUACAAUCCCUCUACUGGCAUAUUCACUGCUCCCCUAUCGGGCGUCUACUACUUUGCGUACCACGUGCAUGUGAAGGGGACUAGCUUGUGGGUGGCCUUGUACAAGAACAAUGUACCAGCUACUUACACCUACGACGAAUACAAGAAAGGCUACAUGGACCAGGCGUCCGGGAGCGCUGUCCUCGAGCUGAAAGAAGGCGACCAGGUCUGGGUCCAGAUGCCCUCGGAUCAGGCCAACGGUCUCUAUUCCACCGAGUACAUCCACUCUUCAUUCUCAGGAUUCCUGCUCUGCCCCACAUAACCUUGCCCUUGAUUCCAACGAGAUCCCUUAUGAGCUCCUCGGAGCAGACCAAAACCUAAAAUACUUGCAGCCAUACCGAUUUCCCAAAAAACAAUACAAUUAACAGUACAGUCGUAGUAUUUCAGUCAUAUUUUGUUUGCUUUACAGUCAACAGCAUCAGUGAAAGAAAACGUAUGAAUCACAAGAGAAGGAUUUAAAAGGCAGAGUUAGGAAUAUUAUUCAGUGUUCUUUGUUUUGUUGUCAUUCAAAUGUGUUUUGGGGGUUGUAUUUUUAUGUUAAUUAUUGUUGUUGUUUAUUAUUAUUUGGUCGUUGUUUAUUUUAGACUGUCCGGUGCCUUAAUUUGUAACGUGCAAGCACACCGUUCUAUGCCAGUGCACAUCAUGGCCACAUGCCGACAUCAUAAGGACAAAUAUCACCUGACCUUGUCGAGAGAGGUGGGAGCUUUGUGUUGUUUUCAUCGAUGACAAUCCUGGCCAGAUUAGUAUCAAUACAACACUCAACAAUUGUAAAUAUUAAAGAACAUUGAGGAACAUCACAUUAACUUUUUCCUAAUCGUUUGAGUGUCGUUUUCUCAUUAAAAUCAUGGAAUGAAUUCUCUUUUCUUUUUUUUUUUUUUAGUUUAUAAUGAGUUGGUUGCUUUCUCAAUUUCAUAGCCGACCAUUUAAAACUUAUUUUUUUCUUACUACUUAAUUUAUUUUAUUGAACUAUCCAAAAAGGCAAUCUGGAGAUACAGUCUAACAAUAAUAGGACUUCAUAGUAUUAAACCAAGGCUACAUUAAUUGACAAUGAUGCACAUAGCUAAUGUUUACACAACUCUUCAUUUGGUGUCAGAGAAAGAAGAGCUGCGGAAGAGUUUUUUUAUUUGUAUUUUUAUCAUUCCCAAGCCAUGCCUUCCAAAAUAGUUACAGUUUAACAAAACAUGGCGACAAGGACAAGAUGUUUUCGAAUUAAAAGUAGAGUGAGCCGGAAAUGCAAAUCACUCCGCAUUGACUCUGUGAAUAAGUAAAGGGACUGAAUGAGAGGCCCGCAGGUUGUGAAAUACAAGUUGUGUAACAUUUAACAAACCACCUGAUAGAUUUCUUUGUCAGGCGGCAGGCUAGAGGGUCAGAGCUGUCUGUGUAUGCGUUUCUGGUGACUGAACCAUUUAAGAUAGACGCCGUGUGUGUUUGUGUGUGUGUGUAUAACCUUCUGCCUGCCUGUGAGCGAGUCUAUGUAUGUACUGUAUGUGGGCGUCUGCGUGUCACAUUGUCCCACUGGCAUUCAGGUCAUGAACGCUUUGGCAAAGAUAUUAAUAAACUGCAGUGAAGUUACGAAAUCCCAGAUAGAACUUGCAGCUCUGUCAAUGUUCCAUCGGAACACUGACUUGUUGUCCUCGAGCUUUGAAAGAAAGUCCUGCACAGAUUCUUUGUUGUUACUUUUACGGUGCAAAGUAAGGGAACAGAAGCGCAAAAUAAAAAGAUGACAUUGCGGCAGAAUUCAAAUGACACACCGGGAUUAAAAGAGAGAAUUUCAUGGUAACACUGACUAUAUGUCCAAAUGGCUUGUGUGCAAUAAUUUUUUGUCGGGACCAAUUACCAAAUUGAGUCGUAUAGUGUAGAAGAACAAUGUUUGUAGUUAUCGAAGACGAGAAAGAAAAGACAAUCUCAAUAAUCCUGUCAAUCUGAAAGCAUUUCAGUGUAAUUAUGCAACUCAAAACUGUCAGCGCUCUGAAUUUAGGACAAGAAUGUCCAUACAGUGAGAAAUGAGUGACCCGAUUUACACAUUUUUCGAGUACUAGUGUUCCAACCAUUUGAUAUUUGAACACAAACGGUGAGGCAACACAUGUUGCAGACAAUAGCACAAUACUCACAGGCAUAUAUUUAUCCUCUGCGAAAAACAACUAUUAUUAUUGCAGCUUAUUAAGUCGCCGAGAGCAGUGGUGACUCUUCUUUGUUUGUCUGUAUGACUGUAUUAUACUGCCUCGCGGUGGCCAAGGCGGGCACACAUGAAGGAGCAGCGUUAUGAAUAGAAUUGAAACAUUAAAUUAUGAUUCACAAACUGUUGAAUUCUUUACAUGAUGAAUGGCACUUUUGGCAGAUAGAAGUAUUCUGAGUUACGAACGCGGUCACGGAACAAAUUCAUCUCAGUGCACCGCUCUACGUGGAAGCCAAAUAUUGAACUUUGCGAUCCCAACUAAUAUGUACACCCACUGACUGACAACGGCAAUCUCGGAUGAGACCUAAUCAGUAUUUUACAAUUACGUAAUGGAAAAAAAACAAAAAUGCACUUGUACCUGUCCUGUUUGUCUCCAUAAUACAAACAAGUCAAUGCUAUGAAUCAUAAUUGUAACGUGAGUCGACAAAGAUGGUUCAAGGCUCGUUAUGUACUGUAUGUUGGCUUAUUUUUGGUAGCCUAUUUUUUGGACCUAUGAAAUGGUGAUGUGAAUUACAUGUGGUUAUUAUUCUCUGUCCUUGUGUUUGAUAGACAGUGUCACUUGCUCGCAGAGUUUGCCCUGUGUGCAAAUCAUUUAACAAGUGUCAGGAAGCCCCAUCUUAAUCACACAUCGCUUGGAAUUGUUUUGCUUUAUAUUAAAAAAAAACACUUUGCUUCGGUUUUGAAGGGAUUUUUGUUUUAGUUGCAUUGAAUUAAUACACGGCCAUUCCCAUUUGCACAUGAAAUUAAUGAAAAUAUUUAUACAUGUAUGAUAAUUUAAUAGGGAUGCCAAAACCGACCACCGAAGCCAAGAACGUAUAACUGGUAUUUAACAGCAUUGAUGAGUUAAUAGCAUUUACAACAUUUAGUUAGCACCCUAGUGUUAUGUUUGUCGAGGAUUAUUUUUGGAGAUUUUAUUAUUUGUGUAAUGUACGAUGUAUCUACUCAUCAGAUUAUUAUUUUUUCCACACAAGGCUGUUGCGUUAAUGUUUUGAUUUUUUUUUUGCGCAAUAAAUGUGAGUAUAAAAAUGCUCUCUUUGAUUUGGCAUUGUUUUUUUUCUGCUUAUCAAAAAUCUACAAGUACUUGAUUGUAUUGAUACUAUAUCAAUAAAGGCCUUCUCUGUGUCA